AUGGGUUCAUCGUCAUCAAAGACAACGGCCUUCUCAUUGCCGGCGCCAUAUACUACUACUGCUGGUACUGUAUCUGAACUUAUUUCUUUUUUCGAAACAAGUAUUGAUGGGAAUGCUGCAGCUACAGGUACUAUAACCUCUGUAAUUCCUCCACCAUUUUCUUUACCACAGGCAUAUACCACUACAGUCGAUAAUGGUGAUGUAUCUGAAGUGGUUUCAUUUUACUCUACAAACGUGGAUGGGAACCCUGCUACAGGUACUAUAACCUCUGUAAUUCCUCCACCAUUUUCUUUACCACAGGCAUAUACCACUACAGUCGAUAAUGGUGAUGUAUCUGAAGUGGUUUCAUUUUACUCUACAAACGUGGAUGGGAACCCUGCUACUGGUACUAUAACCUCUGUAAUUCCUCCACCAUUUUCCAUUCCUUCUCCAUAUACAACACUUUUAGUUGAUGGCUCUUCAACAAUAUCUGAAAUAAUAUCAUAUUAUUCUACAAAUGUGGCUGGGAUCCCAGCAACUGUUACCACAACCUCAGUGAUCCCACCUCCAUUCUCUUUGCCCUCUCCAUAUACAACUACUGUUGUAACUGGAUUUUCGUCUGUAUCUGAGAUUGUGUCGUUCAUAUCGACUAAUGACGUUAAUGGAGCCGCAGUCACAGUAACAACAACUUCUGUGAUUCCACCUCCAUCCACCACAAGCGUUGUAAUAAAGUCUUCAUCAUAUCCUGAGAUUACAUCUUCCCCUUUGUCCACUUAUAGCAACUCUAGCUCUGUGGCUCUAUCGUCAUCUACAACUAAUGUUAUGAAUGCGCCCUCUUCUAUUUCUGUGACACCGUCAUUUACAUCUUACAACGCUUCUAGUUCUACUGAGAUGUCACCAUUAUACACUGCAAGUGUCGCAAGUGAGUUUUCCUCAAUCCCUGCAAUUGAAUCUUCGUAUUCUUCCACUGAUGCUAGCUCAACAUCUCUGGUUUCAUAUGACAAGUGA